GCUCAUUGGAGUUCCAGCUUCUUUACAGGGAGAUGAGUACAACAAUUUAUGAAAACUCAAGAUUUUCAGCAGACAGCAGGUCAGCUGAUCUGAGCAUGGACUCAUAUGAAGAGAUCUACGUGAAUGAAGAUGCAACAGAAAUGCAAGUGACCAGGAGCAAUAAAGCAACUGCAACUUCAGAACCAAACACCUCAGGACUCAGAUGUUACAGACUGGCUGUUGUGUGUCUGCUGAUGCUGGCUGUUCUCUUGCUGGCUGCCAUUGCAAUACUGUGGGUCAAGCUGACUACAGAGCGAGACCAGAUACAGACCAGUUAUAACAACAUUACUACACAGAGAGACCAAUUAGAGACCAGUUACAACAACCUGUCUGCUGAGAAGGAACAGUUAAAGACCAGUAACAAAAAACUGACCGAAGAGAGAGACCAGUUUCAGAGGGAGACAGAUGAACUGCAGAAAAGGCUUUCUCAACUGAAGAAAGACAUUAACACACCAGGAUGGAAGUACUUCGAUUCCAGUAUUUACUACAUCUCUACUGAGAAGAAGAGUUGGAUUGAGAGCAGACACGACUGCCAGGGAAGAGGAGCAGACCUGGUGAUCAUAAACAGCAGAGAGGAACAGGGCUUUGUGAAUGUGUGGAGAAGAGGUGAAAGUGCUUGGAUUGGUCUGACUGACAGAGAAAAGGAGGGGGUCUGGAAAUGGGUGGAUGGUACAGAACUCACCACUGCGUUCUGGGAUAUUGAUGAGCCCAACAGCAAAGGUGAUGAGGACUGUGCUUUAUCUGGCUAUCGGCCUAAACCUACUUCUGACUGGGUUGAUAUUUCUUGUAAUGACCAGUAUAUCUGGAUCUGUGAGAAGAAAAUUUAG